AUGGGUGACCACAUGUCAGAUGAUCAGGAGAAGCUGGCCAGCCAGCAGAUGUUACCUGCCCCAGAGUCUAACACUACCAGGACGCCCUGCUGCUCCCAGCUAAAGAUGUUCAUCGUGGCACUGUCCUUCGCCUUCUUCUCCAAGGCCUUAUCAGGAACCUACAUGAAGAGCUCCAUCACGCAGAUCGAGCGCCGCUUCGACCUCUCCAGCUCUCUCAUUGGCAUAGUAGAUGCCGGGUUCGAAAUAGGUAACCUGCUGUUCCUGGCAGCGGUGAGUCACUUUGGUGCUCAGCUGCACAGACCCCGACUCAUCGCCGCAGGGUGUGCUCUCAUGGCCGUUGGCUCAGCACUUACCGCCCUGCCACACUUCUUCAUGGGACAGUACAAAUAUGACACCUUGAUUAAAAGUUCAUCGAAUGACAGUGUCAGCAUCACCCCCUGUCUGGAGUCUGGGAAGCAGCUAAGACACCUUGAGAACCACAUGAGGCCAGACUGUACACAGGAUGCAGGCUCCCAGAUGUGGGUGUACGUGUUCCUGGGAAACGCUCUGAGAGGCAUCGGGGAAACUCCAGUCACGCCACUGGGAAUAUCGUACAUCGACGACUUUGCAAAAGCAGAGAAUUCAGCUUUCUACAUUGCUUGUCUGCAGACCAUCACGCUACUGGGUCCAAUGUUUGGAUUUUUACUGGGGUCCAUGUGCGCUAGACUCUAUGUGGACAUAGGAUUCGUGAAUGUUGAUAGUGUGACAAUCACACCUAAGGACACCCGCUGGGUAGGUGCCUGGUGGCUGGGCUUCUUCGUAUCGUCGGCCAUCAUGCUCCUGGCUGCGGUCCCCUUCUGGUUCCUGCCCAGGUCACUUCCCAAGCAAGGUGAGGAGAUGAAGGACCUUCCUGAACCUCAGCAGCCGUCACUUGCUCCCAUGUCCCAGUCCCACUCCUCCAGCCCCAACACUGCAAAGCUAAAGGAUAUUGCCAAAGGUUUCUUCCCGUCUCUGAAAAAGUUGGUGUGCACACCUACUUACUUCCUGCUGCUGUGUGGCAGUGUCUUGAAGUUCAACUCCUUCAUCGGACUUCUCACGUUCAAGGCCAAGUACAUGGAACAGCAGUUUGGCCAGUCUGCAUCCAGGGCUAAUUUCCUCAUAGGUGUGACCAACUUGCCUGCUGUUGCCGUGGGGAUAUUCCUGGGCGGGGUGUUGAUGAAACGGUACAAGCUGAGCGUGGUGUCGGGAGCCCAGCUUUCGCUGGCCACCUCCUUCGCGGCGUACCUGCUGGUCAUCACGCAGUUCGGGAUCAAAUGUGAAAACUUACAAGUGGCAGGGAUCACUGUCUUCUACAAUGGGACCCUGAGAGUCUCAUCCGACAGCCACACUCUGUUCUCGCCAUGCAAUGACGGCUGCUCCUGCUCUGGUUCUGAGUGGGACCCAGUGUGCUCCGAAAACAGCAUCACUUAUACGUCACCGUGCCUGGCCGGCUGCAUCAGCUCCUCGGGGUUUGGCAAAAACACGGUGUUCCACAACUGCAGCUGUGUCCAGGUGUCUCCCCCCCUGUCGGGCAGCUUGUCCGUGUCAAUUGGUCAGUGCCCCCGCAGUGAGACCUGCUCCUCCAGCUUCACCACCUACAUGACUGUGUCAGUCCUCAGCUCCUUCAUCAACUCCCUGGGAGCCACGCCGGGUUAUAUGGUCAUCAUACGAUGCAUUGCACCUGAGUUAAAAUCCCUGGCUUUGGGAAUCCAGACCCUUGCCAUGAGAGCUCUGGGGGGCAUACCAGCACCAGUGUAUUUUGGCGCUUUGAUUGACUUGACCUGCUUGAAAUGGGGGACGAAGAAGUGCGGAGGAAGGGGGGCAUGUCGGAUGUAUGACUCCGAUAUGUACAGAGUUGUAUUCCUGGGCUUAAUCACAUGUUUAAGUGGCUCAUCCUACUUCUUCAUCGUUGCUGUGAUUGUGCUGCUGAGAAAGCAGUUCCAGGAGAAGGGGUGCCAGGAUGCCAAUGGGGAAGCAACGCAGGUCAACCUUGAGCUCAUGCAUCCGCAUGCAGAGAAAACAGCAAAUGCAGCACUGCACUCUGAGAGGCUAUGCCAGGAGCAGGGUGGCACGCCUGCUGACCAGCCUAUGAAGCAAUCAGAAGAGAGCAAAGCAGCAACAGAGCAUGGUCAAGCCCAGAAAGAAGGGGAUCGAGACAUAAGGCAGGCCAAUGGGCAGCUUCAGAAGGAUUGGGGCAAUAUUGAUAGUGAAGCUAAGAGACAAUACCACAAUGAUGGAGAGGAGGCUACUGGUAGUGCUGUCAAGGUGCAAUCCCUAACAAAUGAAAACACGACAGUCGAUCAGGCUAAUGGGCAGCCCCAGAAGGUGAAUGAGACAACCAUCGACCAAGCUAACAAGCGAUUCCAGAAGGAAGAGGCACCGAGAGCGACAGAACGGCGACCUGAAGCUUGACAGUGAAGGAACGGAAACUGUUCCAUUGACCUUUUCAAAGACCACAGCUGGAAGAGACAAAAACAUUUUACAGGGAGCUGUUUUGCUUUUAAUAAAUCCACCUCUGGAGUGCUUUAUUCUACAGAAAAUUUCAAUUUUUAACAAAAUAUUUUACUAGUAGUUUUAAAAUUGUGCCAACACUAUUGUGCUCUAGUUUCCCAAGGAUGGCUCAGGAUCCGAUAUUUAACAAAAAGCUUUUUAGGUAAAAAUACA